AUGAAAUGUAGCGGAAAAGUGGGUUACUUUUUGAAUUUGAAAAAAGAAUAUGGAGACAGGGCUGAAGUGCUGAUGAAAAAAUUAGAGGAAGGGAAAACUGUCCAAGCAGCAUUUAUAAAUGAUUUCAUAAAAAUAGAUUAUAUUAAUAUAUUCAAAGUUUUAUUGUAUAUGAUAAAAGAUAAAAAAGUGAAAACAUCUUUUGGUGGCUUAUUUGUUGAUGAAAAAUAUGCUAAUUUAUUAACCUAUUCUCCUACUCCAGAAAAUAAUAAUAAUCUAUCAUACGAAAUAAUAACUCAAACUAACUGCAAACAUAAUGAAAAUUGUGAUUCUGUAAAUGUUUCUUCUCAAUUGGAUGGUGGCACCAUUGUGCAAUAUAAUACCAGCGAUGAAAAUGCAAAAAGAGGUUUAUAUGAAAAAACUGAAUCAAAUGACGAUUAUAGAAAAAUAACAAUAAGUAAAUCAGAGUUAUUAAAUAUAGAUGGUGUUAUAAAAUAUGAUGGAGUGAUUGAAAAUGUAGAGAAAUUAGCAUAUUAUUUAAAUCCGUGUUCAUUCUUGUCUGCUUAUUUUUUAGACGUAAAAAAAAAUGAACAUGUAUUAGAUAUGUGUGCAGCCCCAGGAGGAAAGUCUCUUAUUAUUGCAAAUAAAUUAUUUGGUUUUGAUAUUUCCCCAUUAGACCGAAUUAAUAAUAUCGAUAUUUUAGACGAUAAAAAUAUUGAAAUAAAUUGCUGCCUAAAUGUUUUAAAUUAUUACAAAGUAAAUAUGGAAGGGUGUCUAGUUGUUAACGAAUUUAAUAAAGCAAGGUAUGAUAGAUUAAAACAAGUAUUACAUAAACAUUUACCAAGUGAUUUAAUAAAAUCGGGUAAUUUACAUAUAACUAAUUAUAAUGGACUUCAAUUAAAUUCAUUUAUUAGAUUUCAAAAAUUUCAUAAAAUAUUAUUGGAUGUUCCAUGCUCUACUGAUGAGCAUUUAGUAAAAAAGGGAACAAACGAUAUAAAUAGAUGGACUUUUAAUUCUAUUAAAAAUAAUUCUAAUAUUCAAUAUGAUUUACUUGUUAAUUCAUUUCAUUUACUUCAUAAAAAUGGAGUCAUAAUUUAUUCGACAUGUGCAUUGUCGCACUAUGAAAAUGAUUAUAAUAUUGAAAGAUUUAUUAAAAAAUUUAAAAAGGAAGUUAAAAUUUUAGACUUUUUAGAGGAAGAAUACGAAAGAGUUUACAAAGAGAAAAUCAUGAAUAACCAUACCAACGAAAAUGAUAGUCAUAUACCUUGUCAUUGCAAAGUGGAUACACCCGAUAACUCCACAAAUCAUACUAAUCACAGUGUUUCCUGCACAAAUCAUGCUAAUCACAGUGUUUCCUGCACAAAUCAUGCUAAUCACAAUGUUUCCUGUACAAGUCAUACUAAUAAUAAUGUUUCCUGUACAAAUACAAUGAACUUUUCUGAGUUUAAAAAAAAUACAAACUUCUUGAAAUUUUUCGAAAAAACAAAAUAUGGAUAUAUUUCCCUUCCAGACAAAUCCCCUUUUGGGAUUUUAUACAUUUGCAAAAUUAAAAAAAUAUAA